AUAACUUAGAGAAAAGUUAGAGCAAUAAGUAAGAGAGAGAGAGAGUCAGAUAUAUUAAUGAAAUCUGAUCCGGGGUCCUUUACAAGAGGAAUAAGGGCUGCUAUUUAUAGCUGAUAGAGUAUAUUCUAGAGAGAGGUGAGAGCUAGAGAGAGAAGUGCAAGUAAAUGCUUCAAUAAAUGAUUUUCCAACCCCUACAACUACCUCCAGAGGAAGUAUUUAUAGGAAAAAUAUGGGCUGGGCUCCCAAGCCUUGGGCUUGGGAGGCCCAUUUACAACUGGACCGCUAUUGGGCCGAAUACAAAGUGAAUGAUGUAGUAUACAAAAUGAGUAAGUGUAAAAUCCGGUUCUGGGAGUCCUUUGUGGCCGACGAGGGUCUGGCCGAUGAGUGCAUGGCCGACGAAGACUCGGCCGACGAGGUCACCCGGUUCUUCUGGCUUCCGGAUCAUGUUCUGGGUUGACUUCGUUCCAGCCGAUCAGGGUCACCUGGUCGAUGAGGGUCCCACUGGGUGGCAGCUGUGUCUUCUGUUCUCCUGAGUAUGUGGGUCCUGGGGCCUAGACCCAUAUACUCCAUCAGGAGUCCCCCACUCUCUAAGCUGAGAUGUAGACGAAGUGAAGGAGAGUAGAUUCCUAUUCUUUUUAUGCUUGGCCGUUGCGUGCCCCUUGUUGCGGACGGGAGAGAUCCUAGCCAUGCGGAUGGUACGUGUUCUUUGCUCUCUAGGACGAUGAAUAUCCUUUCUUGAUGGGGGUGGUGAAGGUCCGCAGUUGUGGGUGGCCGAUAUGUGUCUUUGGCAUGAGUGGCCGAUGAGGACAUUCUUUCCUUUUCACGAUCUUCGGUGGCUGAAUUUUGUUUUUGGGCCGAGGAGGCCACUGCGGUUGUGUCUUGCUUGAAGACGAUGAGCGUCCUUUACCUUGAGUGUCCGUUAAGGGCGCUGUUCACUCCUCCUGGCCGUUGUUGGUUAAAUUUCGUACUUUUGGCCGAGGAGGCCAUUGGGGCUACCUAUUUGUUGGAGGACGAUGAGCGUCCUUUGUCUUGAGUGGCCGUUGAGGGCGCUGUUCACUCCUCCUGGCCGCCGUUGAUCACUUACCGUGCCCUUAGCUGAGGCGGUGUGUGGUGGUUAGUUGCCCAAGGUCUUGGGGACGAUGAGCGUGUUGCGCUUUUGCCCUGGCCGGAGAUGGCACUUACAGGGGCCUUGAAGCCGUUGUGAUGCGUAGCCGAUAUGAUCACGUUUGUAGUUGUGUACUUGUGUAUUUUUGACUCUUUCCAUUUUUGCGUUUUGAGGCCAGUGUAGUCCCCCAGUCCCCCACUGCUUCAGGCCGAAGAGUGAGUGAGGGGUGAAGGAGUAGUGUGAGACCCAGGCCGGAGCGGGAUCCUCAUGUUGACCUUGAAUCCAACCUUUUGGCGAUUUCCUGACCAAGGUAACCCUGUGGGAGAACCCUUGGACGCAGGUCGCUUUCAAGGGGUUAUCAUCAACGGUUUUGUGCGAGGGCCGCUGGGCGUCGGGUUCCCUUCCCUUGUGGUGUUGUGGCCGUUGUAAGGCCUUUCUUUACAUAAUAUGUAUGGCCGCUUGAAUGGCCGAUACGGGUGCUACCUGGGUAGCCGUAGCCUGUGUUGGUCGUUGAAUGCCUUGGCCGGUGUGGGUGCUAUUUUCCCAUUCGUCGCUCCGUAGGGCCUGCUUUGCUGGUGGGCUGUUGCUCUGUGGACUGGGCCUGGCCCAUUUACGAAGUGGUGGCAUCCCAUUGGUGGCUGUUGGUGUGGCCAUUAGGAAGGUGCCACGUGUAGUGACCAUUGGGGGGGGGGCUCUAUAAAUACCCCUCCCAUUCCGAAGAAAGCCCUCAUUUGCGAUCUGAGCUACCGAAGUGCUGCCCAAAUUUCUUGAGAGAUAAAGUCCUUGCAAGUGUUCUUCGUGUUCUUCAAAGCUUCAAAGGUUAGUUCAUCGAAUUUUCCUCUGUACUUUGCCUACUUUGCUUCCUAGGCCCUUGAUCUAGUGUUAGGCAUUAAACACCUUUAGAUCUGAAGUAGGUUCCGUUAGGCCCGUAAUAGUGUUAUGAUGAAGAUCUUGAACGAAGAGUACUACCCCUACGAUGAUGAGCCUUCCGCCAAGUCCCUUGAUUACGAAGUGGUCGAAGAGUUCUGCGAAGAGCUUGAAAAUCUGAGUUCGUUCAAAUCGGGGGAGCAGGACGAUGAGGGUGAUGAGGACGAGGAGUCUGCCUCAUCAUCUGGAGGUGGGGACGUAGGAGUCUCCCGAACCGCGGACAGGGCGUCCACGUUUGCUGCCAUCCCAUGCCCUAAGCCGGUGUAUGCCGUCAAGGGUGUCGCGGUGCCGAAAAGGGUGAGGAGGCCGAAGAAGGGGCCGGCCUUUUCUUAUCUGGAUCUCUCCAACAUUUUCAUCAUCAGGCCACAUAGCAACACGGGUGAAUACCUGGUCGCGCAGAUGUACGUGGGGCCGUUUGGUAGGGUUAGGGCCCCCAGCCCGACGGACCAUGUUCUCAAUCCACCCCCGGGGUACUUUGGAGUGUACCCGAUAAGUUUCGCCAAAGGACUUCGGUUCCCGCUUCACCCGUUCAUCACCGAGUACCUAGACAUGGUAGGGCUCCCUCCGGCCUUGUUGACGCCGAACAGCUACUCGCUCAUCGUUGGGUUCCUCUUACGUUGCGCUGAGUUGGAUUUUCGGCCGACGACGGCGCUGUUUAUGAACCUCUAUCAGAUAGGCCGUGGAAGUCAUCAGAACUGCGCUUGCUAUGCCACUCUCCAACAACUGCCGAAGAAGAGAAGCUUCACUUACUUGUCGUCGUCCAUCCACGGUUGGAAGAGUAAGUUUGUUUUCAUGUCGUUGGGUGAAGGGGGCGUGGAAUUUCCCUUCGUUGGCCAUAGUGGGCGGUUCAAUCUUCACGACACGCCGAAGAGCUCCACCUUGGAUGCUCAGGUUGAAGCUUUCCUGAAGGGAGGGCCGAGGAGCGUGAAGACGUACAUCACGGAGUACAAGAUGGCCGCCCUCGGCUUCGUGAGGUAUUUUGUAUAUGGUGAUAAGGACGAUGAUGUAGAGUUGUGGCCGAAGAUGACCACGACUUACGAGGAGGCUGAUGGUCCUGAUCUGGGGGUGCCAGCUGAGGAUGAUGGUUUUGUCAUGGAUCGCAUGUCUUUCAUGAAGAGGGCGCAACUAAAGGCGUCCGAAGAGCUGAAAGCCCAGCAGCCCGCUACUGCACCUGCGACGAAGCCCCUUGUUCAGCCGAAGAAGAAACGGCCGACCGAUGAGGUUCAAAAGAAACUGACUGAGGCAGGCUUGAAGCCUACCAAGAAGCCGAAGAGGGCUUCUCCUGCUGGUGAUGCUGGGACGUUGGCUGUUCCUUCUGGGGAUGAAGGUGGCUCUAACGCCGAUGCGUUGGUGGAUCUGACUUCAGGCCCUCCAUCCACUGUUGUAUCCAACCUUCCUCCCGCCGCCGCAGCCACCCGGAAGAAAGGGUCCGGCCGAGAGUUGGUCAUAGGGACCUAUAAGUUCGAGGUUGAAUACCCCGUUAAGGGCGGUUUAUUCAACGAGAUUGUUGAUGGCCACGAGGUGAUCUCCCAGGCCAUCCCCGACGAGGACGGGGCUUAUCUGAAGAAGCUCGGUAAUGUCAACAUGUACGAUGGUGGGAUGGACCACAUCGUCCAAGUAAGUUUUCCUUUGUCUGCUUCGUCUUCUUCUUCUUUUCUUUAUUACGCGUCAGCGUCGUCUAACCAUUGUUUUCCCGCAGGGUGCCUUUAUGUUGAUGGAGAACAACAGAAGGCAACAAAGGGAGAUUGCUUGAUUGAAGCAAAUCGAGGAGAAGGUGGCUUCGGCCGAUGAGGCUCUGGACAGCUUGGAGAGGCUGCGGCUCGAGGUGGAGGGCCUGAGGCAAAAGGCGGAUGAGGCUGAUCUGCUGGCCACUGAGAAGGAUGGGCCCUUGCCGAUGUGGAGCAGGCUCGUGAUGAAGCCCUUCGUCGUGCCGAGGAGGCCGAGAAGGGUAAGGCCGAUGCAGAGUUGGCCCUGAGUGCUGCCGAAGAGAGGGCCGCCGAGGCCGCUGUGCAAAAAUUCCUCGAGGUCGGCUGGAAAGGCGAGGACCGACUUCCUUGGUGCUUCAACGUCGUGGCGGCGAAGCUCGUUGACUGGGUCAAUAAGUGCCCUGACGGCUAGGCGUACUGGGAGAAGGAGAUGAAGGUCUUCUACGACCUUGGCCAGUACAGGAUGCAGAGACUGCUCUAUCGGAUACUCCAACGUCGAUUUCUGGAUCUGGGUGUUGCCAAGGAGUGGGCCGUCGGUCUGGAGCUGCCUCCGAUGAUGAGGCAUCCUAAAGCUGAACUGGAGCUCCCUGUUGCGGAAAGGCAACUCCCCAUCGAGAGCUCCCAGGCCAGUGACGAUUGGACCUAUGAGCCAAACAUGUUUGAAGACACCGCUACAUCUGGUGCUGCUACCGAUGGGGCCACUGCUCAAGCCGAAGACAAGG